AUGCCUACCCAGACCGAGACUGCGGCUAUUCUCCGCCAGAUCUCUAAGCUUGCGACCGUCCUCGCCGCGAUCUACUAUGCGUCCGUCAUCGCUCUAACGGCCAAUUUCAUCCUCUCCAGCAUCAUUGUCGCGGCCAUUCCUCGAGUCAAGCCACAGAUCCGCUGGGGAGGUGCUCCAGCCUGGGUGUAUGUGUCGAAUCCGAUGGACCCAAUCUAUCGCUUCACGGUCAACUGCAUCUACAUCAUCUCGUGCUGCGCUGUGCUGGCCUUCUACGACCUCUUCAGAACCGGCAGCGCUGUUCUCCAACCGUACAGCCGACGCGGCAAGGUCCGAGCCUCGUACCGCCGCGCGAUUCUCCUCGUCUACGUCGCCAUCAUGGGCCUUGCGGUGACGUACACCGGCAUCAAGACAUAUCUUAGCGACAACCACGACAUCUCCCUGCUAGCUGAGAUGCAGCUCUACAUCCCCCCAAUGUACGCCGUGGCAACCGGAAUGUUGGUGCGUGUCGAACCCCCAGACAUCUUCUCCAAAGCAUUCGACCAUGCUAUGCUGGUCUGCAUCGAGUCCUCGACCGCCUUAUCGGCGGCGUUCGACUUCUUUUUCGAGAAGCCGGCUCACUGUCGCUGUCCCAAGCACCGGACGACGUCCGAAGCUUCCUUGGCCGAAUCCGACUGGGUCCUGCUUCGAGGAAUGUCUCUCAUCGCUGCGACUUCCUCGCAGGCUGUAAUCCAGCCACGCGCACUCUCUGCACAGUCUGCCCGCUGGUCGAAAGCCAAAGCCAAAGCUAGAGCCAACGCUGAAGCCGUUGUCCUCGCAGGUUUCACCGCUGCGGCGCUUGGUCUGUCCAUUGGUGUCCUGGCGUGGUACGGGUAUGACAGCCUCUUCACAGCCUCCUGA